UUUCCCAACGGCACCGCGUGGACCAAGAGCAUCAGCCACGGCGAGCUCGUGCGCACGCAGACGGACCAAACGCUGACGGUGGACCCGUGCCAGCCGCUGCGCUUCUUGUACCAGGGCCUCGACCCCAAGGCCGGCGGCGACUACGACGCGCUGCCGUACAAGCUCGGUCUUUUGACGCAAACCAACGCCGUCAAGUGCUAA